UUGUCCCAGCCGGAUAUAACGCAAAAACUGACGGAGCGCAUAGAUGAUCUGAAGCAGAGAAUCGCUGCUUGGGGAAAGCGGAUUCGGCGAUAUGCCGAGAGGUCGACACAGUUUAACCAGAAUCGUCUCUUCCAGAGUGAUCAGAAGAGGCUCUAUGAAUCAUUGGAGCGACCAAUGGUAAGUGAAACGGGCCCAGCACCGAAUCAGGCCGACAAUGUAGCAUUCUGGCGCGGCCUGUGGUCAGAGCCCGUAAACCACAACGAGGGCCCUUGGAGAGAAAUUGUGGCGAGUCAGUGUGCGAGUACAACACCAAUGGACCCCGUCAUUAUAACACCGGAUGACGUAGCUCAGGCGGUCCGUAGGGCCCCGAACUGGAAAAGUCCGGGACUCGACGGGCUGCAUCACUACUGGCUGAAGGGAGCUUGUACACUAAGUAAAAUGUAUGUGUUAAUAAGAAGCAAAAAGGAUAAACGGCCGAAUGAAAGACUCGUAGAAGUCUUAAAAGAUCCGUUAUUCGAUGAGUUACGCAAAGAGAAACCAAAUUUUGCGGACAAGAUAUCUAUAAUACAAGGAGACAUCAGCGAAAUUAGAUUGGGAAUGAGUGAUGAAGAUUGGAAUACAGUCAGCAACCAAGUACACGUUAUUUUCCAUAUUGCAGCGAACGUCAGAUUCGAUGUACAAAUAAAAACUGCGUUGCUGAUGAACGCACGCGGCACCCGAGAAGCUUUGCGUCUAGGCACUGACUGUAAGAACCUCCGAUCAUUCGUGUACGUGUCCACGGCAUAUACACACGCAACUCGCGACCGUAUUGGUAUGGUAGUACCCGAACAGUUCUACGAAAGUCCAGCGCCACCCGACGCAAUGAUACAAAUGGCCGAGACGAUGUCGGAUGAGAAAUUGGAUGCUAUGACACCCGCGCUUAUCGGCAAGUGGCCCAACACCUACUCAUUUUCAAAGGCCGUUUCCGAGGAAAUUGUUCGUACAAUGGCCGUGAAUCUGCCCGUUUGCGUAAUCAGACCAGCAAUUGUUAUAUCUACGUAUCGAGAUCCCAUUCCCGGUUGGCUGGAUAUUAGCAGUGCAUAUGGACCAAGCGGUAUUAUAAUAGGGGUGGCCCUCGGUAUCACACAUAUAACUUACGGCGACGAAAAUAUUAAGUUGGAUAUAGUGCCUGCCGACAUGGUGAACAACGCAACUAUUGUCGCAGCGUAUGAAACUGCCAGAAGACAGGACACGAAGACGACAAAGAUUUACACUGUGACCAGCUCUAGAAAUCCUAUUUUAUUUGGUAAAAUGGCGGAUAUCCUUUUGAAUGUAGGGGAAAAGAUUGCCACUACGAAAGCUAUUUGGUACAGCUACACUAAGGAAAUUAAAUAUAAGUAUGUAUAUAUUUUGUUGACUUGGUUACUACACUUCAUCCCUGCAUACAUUUUGGAUGGUGUAUGUCUAUUGAUCGGAAAGCCUCGCAUGUUCGUGAACAUUUAUAAAAAAGUGGAAAAAUUGAGUUUAGCGCUUGGUUUUUUUACAACACACGACUGGAUUUUCAAAGACGACAAUCUGCGUGACCUGUAUCAAAGUAUAUCGCCAGUUGACCAGAAAAUAUUUAAUUUUGAUAUAAUGUCUGUUGACUGGGAAGAGAAAUUGAGCUUUUGGGCUGCCGGUGUUGUGAAGUAUCUGCUAAAGGACGACCUCAAAAACAAAGACAAGGCGUUAAGAAAAAAAUCGAUGUUUAGAAUUUUACACUACAUUGUAUCGGUGCUAUAUCUAUACGUUCUAUGGAAAUUAUUUAAAUUCUGUAUCGACAUGCUAUUACAUUUGUUAAUGUGA